AUGGCCAAUAAAUUGCUUCAAGUAGCUGUGUGCUCCACCUUGCUAAUAGAAGUGUUGGGAGCACCAUUUCUGAUGGAUGAUCCGGCAAACCAGUUCCUACGCCUGAAAAGACAAGUCGUACACUUACAGGAUUUCUGGGGCCCAGAUCAUCACCCAGUUGGUAGGGGACUCUCCCUGGCUGAUCAGGCUCGGGAAGCAUGGACCUCUUUGAAAGCAAGAGCACACCGCUAUUUUGACAUGACCACACUGGCCUUUGAUAUAUCUGCUGCCCAGUAA